AUGUGUGGUGAAACGUUGGGCGAGGAGGGAUUGUCCGAAGAAGAGAUCGAAGAGGAGCUCUCAGUGAUUCGAGUGCAAAAAGCGUUUGUGAUGCAGAAAUUGGGACAACACGAUGAGGCGUUGAAGAUUUAUCUGCGCAUUCAAGAACUGAAUCCAUCAGACCGAAGUGUGCUCGCGACAGCAAUCAACAAUAUACCGUCAGCACGUCGCGAACAGAAUCUAAUGGAGGCCAGAAAGAAACUGAAAGUGGCACUGCAAAUUGAGCCAUCCAAAUUGACGACUCGUCAAAGAAGAACGCUAAUGCUUAAUCAAGCAUUGGUUCAUUUGCACUCGAAUCAAAAAGAGCCUUGUCGUCGAUGUCUUGAGCAAAUCUACGAGCGAUACGGACACAUCGAGGAGGCGCUCUUGAUUGAAGCAGCUUUACAUCUACGAUUCAAAGACACACAAAAAGCGCUGUCAGCACUGUUGAACGCGAAACAGCUAACCGAUCAAAUUAGACUCUCAAAGGUGCAAAUCAGUAUAAAUGAAGGAAAACUGGAGGAAGCAUCGAAAACGUUGGAAAGUUUGCCGUCGGAACUGGCGAAUCGCCCUGCAAUUCUGCAGUUACGUGUGGCUUUGCUGUUAGCAACAGAUCAGAAAAAGGUGAGAUUCACUUGGAGUGUUGUAAUAUAUCGUUUUCAAUGA